AUGAAUGGCUCCGUCUCGCAGGGCCUGCAGGACCUGCGCCUCCACCGCAUCUUUCGUGCGCUCGAGAUCACCGCGGGCACGUACGUGGAGCUGGGAUUCCCGGCCGUGCUCGCCUCCAACACGGAAUGCUUGCGGCGCACGGGCGCUUGGACGGGCGUGCGCUUCGACGGUCGUUGCCUCAAGGACGCGGCGGAGAAUGCGGAGAAUGGAUGCCACAAGGCGUGGAUCACCUCGGACAACAUCGUCGCGCUGCUGCGAAGCCACCAUGUGAGCGAGAGCGUCACGUACGUCUCCAUCGACCUGGACACGACCGACUUGUGGGUGCUCCGCGCGCUGCUCGGCGGCGGCUAUCGGCCGGCGGUGCUGAGCGUCGAGUACAACUCCAACUACCCGCUCGACUAUUGGAUCGCCUUCCCGGACGACCCGGCGGUGCGCUGGGACGGCGACUGCUUCAUGGGCUCGUCCGCGGGCGCGGUCGCCGCGGUCGCGACCGAGUUUGGCUACGCGGUGGUCGACGUCGAGCCCGGCCUCGACCUCUUCCUCGUCGACCGGCAGCGGUGGGGCGGCCGGCCCGUGCCGUCGCUCUCGACGGGCGCGGUCUUCCGCCCGUUCAACAUCCGGCGCAACCGCACCGGCCUCGCGCACGCGCGCCGCAGCCGGCAGCUGGUCGACUACCGAGAGGUGCCGCCGCAGAGCUGGUUCGCCACGCCGUGCCACGGCACGCCGGGGCUGUGGAAUGCCGGCGUCGGCCUCUCCAUCCAGGCGAGCCGGAGCGGCGGCGCGGCGCGGCGCUUCCUCGCGCGCGACCUGAACGUGCGGACCGCGUUUUGA